AUGGGUGCUCAGCCGUCGAUCAUUAUCGAUACUAUCCCUGACAAUCUCGACGGAAAGGACGCACGAGGAUCAAUAUUUCUCUUCAUCUACGAGGGCAGGAGGAAGCUGACAUGCUGCCCCUCAUCUCAUGCAGCCGCCGUGACAGCUGUCUGGGAUCUCUUUCCCGAAAUCUCUUACAACCAGAGUGUCUCAUUCCACACUGACGAACUGCCGAUAUGCGGGGGAGAGAUGACAGAGGUCUCCCCUGCAUCCUGGGAUAAAGUAACAGCAUUGGUGGAUAAGCUGACGGUUAGGGUGGAGUCGCAGGAGAACGGUGAAAGAGUGGAGCUUAUUGUUAAGUCAAUGACCGGACGCCAGAUGUUGCUGAAAGUUCCGUCUUCUAUGACUGUCAGAUCUCUGAAGCAGAGAAUCGGCGACUAUUGUGGGGUUCCAUCUGGGUGCGAAGAAGGCGGCGACGGACAGGGGCAACUUCGGCUCAUCUUCUCAGGCCGGGAUCUGGAUGGGUUUCUGAGCUACUCCCUCAAGGAAUGUGGCAUAAAGAACCUAUCUGUAAUCCACAUGAUGCAGAUAUUGCGUGGAGCGAAGCCAGUCAUUUAUCUUUUCGCACCUGACUUACUGGAGGCAACCGUGAGGCUCUCCCUUUCUCCUCAGUGGGGCCUCUCGGCUAUAUAUCCUGUGGUUCCAAUCACACAAGGCACAACAGAAUCUCUCGAGAAAGUCAUUUGGAGUGUUCGCGUAAAUCCUGGUGGCACCUUGAUGGAACAUAUCACCGGGCUCGAGGUGGCGUACUUGUUUUGGGAAGCAACAACGAACCACAUCCCGCCGGCGUCUCCUACCCAUGGGACGCAGUUACAUGAGUCCUUCGAUCCCAGCCAUCCCAUUCUGAAUGCGGAGAACUCAGUGGUGAUUCCGGUCACCAACAUAACUCCAUAUCUCGACAAAGAAUUACAAGAACUCGGGCUUCAUACAGAGGCAAGGAUGUCGUUUAUCAGCUUCUGGCUGCCUGCAAUGCUGAAGCAUAAGUACAUCGCUCUCCGCUUCCUCCCUCAAGACGCCUAUGAGCGUGCUGCACCUCUAGCUGUCACUCCUCGUCCGGAUGUCAUCACCCGAGUGUACAUGGUUUUUCAAGGAGUCGGCGACGAAGAUUUGGCUUCAUGGGAUGCCGCCAGAAAGAGAGGAACCAAGGAACAAGGGAUUUGGAAGUAUAUCGUUGGGGUGGAUAAGAGCCGCAUUGAAGACAAGGGCUUGUUCAGAGUCCUCGAGUGGGGAGGGAUGGAGAUUCCAUUGCUUAACUGUCGCCAAGAAGCUUAA